AUGUCUCAACGCAUCUUCCUUCCUGAUACGCUUGCCAACUGGCAAUGGCCGCGCCAUCUCAACCCCCACUAUGCUGAAGUCAAGAAGGAAUCGGCAGCCUGGGCGCAAAGCUUCCGAGCAUUCAAAACGAAGGCCCAGGAAGCGUUCGACCGCUGCGACUUCAAUCUCCUAGCUUCAUUUGCGUACCCACUGGCGGACAAAGGCAAGUCGCGUCUCCGUAGUGGGUGUGACCUCAUGAAUCUUUUCUUCGUCAUCGACGAGUACUCGGACGUCUCGACGGAGGCAGAAGUGCGCAUGCAGAAGGACAUAGUCAUGGAUGCUAUCCGGAAUACAGAGAAACCUCGACCUGCCGGAGAGUGGAUUGGAGGAGAAGUUGCUCGACAGUUCUGGGACCUCGCAAAGAAGACAGCAAGCACUCAAGCACAGAAGCGUUUCAUCGACACCUUCGACGAGUACCUGGAAUCUGUCGUACAACAGGCCGCCGACCGCAACAACUCUCACAUUCGAAGCAUCGAAUCGUACCUCGAAGUUCGCAGAUGCACUAUCGGCGCGAAACCAUCGUUUUCACUUCUCGAGUUUGAUAUGCAGUUGCCAGACGAAGUCAUCAAUCACCCGGUGAUCAAAGAGCUCGAGAAGAGCUGCAUUGAUAUGCUCUGCUUGGGGAAUGAUGUCGUUUCAUAUAACCUUGAACAAGCUCGGGAUGAUGAUGGCCACAACAUCGUCACCAUCGCAAUGAACGAGCUCAGGACAGAUGUAGCGGGGGCCAUGCUUUGGAUUGACGAAUACCACAAGCAGCUCGAGUCCAGGUUCAUGGAAAACUUCAAGAAAGUGCCGAGAUGGGGGGGUCCCAUUGACCUACAGGUUGCUCGAUACUGCGAUGGUCUAGGUAACUGGGUGAGGGCGAACGACCAGUGGAGCUUUGAGAGCGAGAGAUACUUUGGAAAGAAGGGGCCAGAAAUCAUCCAAAAAAGGUGGAUAACUCUACUGCCCAAGAUGGUGUCAGAGGAACUUGGUCCUCAAAUCGUUGACGGAUCCCAUCUUUAACGGGUAUAUGGUGAUUUUAUAUAUUAGAUAUUAAUAAAGUAGAGCAAGCUAGUUUUGAAGAAUAUUUUUAAGAGUGUAGUGUAGACAACAAGUAGACGGACUUCGAAUUUGAUAAUGGCUCCAAAGUGACACCAUGUUACGC